AUGUUACUUUUUCGUUUCGCAGCACUUUUCGGAAUUGCCACUGGGCUUCCUCGUCCCGAUGCAGCUCCCGAUUUAUCAGUGAUCGAACGUCAACCUCCCUGCAGUGAUGGUGCUUCCUGUACCCUGAGCAGUGGGCCUUUCUUGGCAGAUACGCAGCUGCAGGGAGUACACGAAAAGCGUCAGGCAUACUCUGACGACGUCGAUAGUGUUACCGUAACCUUGCAUGUGUCUGACUCCUAUUUUGCCGGAACGGAUUUCCGUAUCUUCUUUGCCUUUGGUGAUGCCGAAAGCACUUUUGGAAGUUUUUGGAGCCAGAUAUCGACCAUCUGGGAUUUUAAGGACCGUGGGGUUCACCAACACAAUAAUAUACUUAAGGUGUUUGAUGGACCAUCCAGAGGGGACCGUGCAGAUGUAAAGUUCGAUUUGAAAAAAGGAUUUGGUAAGGACCGUGUUUCUAUAUCCGACCUACGCAACAUUAGCCUUGCCGUCCUGCCACCGUCCAAAGAUUCAAUCGGCGAGCAGGUGUCGGCGGAUUGGGGGACCGUGUUUGAAGGAGGAUUCAAAAUUCAAGAAAUCACCAUUACCGCACAUCACGCCGCCUUAAAUCGCGACUUUAAGAACAAACAGUUCAGUGACUUGAACAAAUGGCUUAACCCUACUAAGCUCCGGUGGGUCAAGGAUAGUGGUGAGAUUGUUUGGAAGGGAGAACUUGAACUAGAAAAAUGGCUCGAUCAGGAUCAGAAGCCUUUAAGCAUUGAUGAGCCCAGCCGUGGGGAGGGCACCUGUCCCCGGUUCUCUGGAAAAGGCGCACGUAUUGGUAAACGACAAAACAAUGAUAACAAUCAGGAAGAGGAGUGGGAUGUUUGGGGAGCAUUUGAAGAGGCCCAAAAGCAUCUUGAGGCCAAUACUCAAGUAGGACGGAACCGUUACCCACACCGAUUCAGAAAUUACGAAAGGCUGGCAAUCCCAGAUGAAUUUCGGAACCAGCCACUCCAGGAGUUUCCGAUCCUACGAGGGCAAAGACGGUAUUCGGGGACCGAAUCCCCGGGGGCGAUGCGUGUGAUCCUCGCUCAGAAACUCUCCAACAUCUUGAUUAUCCUGGGUGCGAUCGUCCUUAAGGAUUGUUUUCCCAAGAGUGCGGUUCACAACGUCUUCUUCUCAACGGAGUAG